AUGGAACUAGGUCGCCACCUCUCACAGUUCUCUGACAGUGCCAAAUUUGCCGUGAGCCUCAACCAGAUCCAGCGCGUUGCCAUUAGUGGCAUGUACGACAGCCCCGAUAACGACGGCGCCACCAUAUACGUGGUGGACAGGCGACUACUGCACGAGCAGGACGCGGAGAGGCCAGAGUGCCAUGUGCAACACCGCUAUUCGGACUUUCGCGCUCUACGCGAGAAGAUAUGCGAAGUGGUGGAUGUCAAAGACGACCAGAUGCACCCAGUGUGGUGUUCGUACUGCAAUCGCGUGCUGUGGCUAAUGAAAUUCGGCGGCUUCCCGUCGCGCUUUCCGAACCGAGGGGCUGUAGCGACCUUCACUGGAUGGCAUCGCUUGUUAACCCAUAGCCGCAAACACAAGCUGAAGCAAUUUAUUAACGAACUGCUGGCUGCCGCCAAGGACGAAUCUUAUCGCUACGGAAACACGCAGUGCCAACGUUUCGUCGCGAUCUCGCAGCUAUUACAGAUUUUUUUGCUGGAGCCACACGGGCAGACGUUGUCGUGGUCUGGAGUGUUGAAUCCAGCAGGAUAG